CUUUUUGCUCCCAAAAAAAACACACUUUUUCUCACAUCUUAAACAAAGAGAAAAGGCAAUAGAGAUUCUCAAUGGCGAUUUCGAUCUCCGGAGCUGUGCUUAGUGGGUUGAGCUCUUCGUUCUUGAUCAACGGAGACAAGAGAAGCGGCGUAGGCGGUGGAGCUAUGAGAGUUGGCCAGAAGAAUGUGAUCAUUGCACCUCAGCGCAAGAAGUCGUGGGUCAUGACUGCCGUGAAAGGUGAUGGCAACUCAAAGUCAAAGCUCGAUCCAGAAUGGCUCGAUGAUGCCUCACAGAAAGCAUCCAGUUUCGUGUACGAGAAAGGAAGCGAAGUGGGACACGUGUCUGCAGAGAAAGGACAAGAGGUUUACGAUCAUAUACAGAGCGCAAAAGAUUACUUUGUUGAGAAAGCUGGUGAAGCGAUGGACACGGUGGCUGAAAAUGCUCAGAGAGCUUCGGAUUUUGUGACGGAAAAAGCCAAAGAGAUGGAGGAAGAAGCUGUUUCAAUGACGGAGAAAACCAAAGAUCUCGUAGUUGAAAAAGCCGGUGAAACUAAAGAUUUCAUCGUCGAAAAAACCGGUGAAGCCAAAGAUUUCAUCGUCGAAAAAACCGGUGAAGCCAAAGAAUUUGCGACGGAGAUGAGCAAGAAAACGGCUAAGUACGUUGGAGAGUUAGCAACGGAGGCAAAAGAAGCAAUAUUGCCACCAAAAGACGAUGUACUAGAGAUGUCGAUCUCCGGAGCUGUGCUUAAUGGGAUGGGUUCUUCGUUCUUGAUCAACGGUGGAAAGAGAAGCGGCGUAGGCGGUGGAGCUAUGAAUGUUGGCCGGAAGAACGUGAUCAUUGCACCUCAGCGUAAAAAGUUGUGGGUCCCAACCGCCGUGAAAGGUGAUGGCAACUCAAAGAACGAUCCCAAAUGGCUCGAUGAUGCUUCACAGAAAGCUGCCGAGUUCGUGAAGGAAAAGGGAAGUGAAGUAGGACACGUGUCUGCCCAAAAAGGGCAAGAAGUUAAAGAUCACAUGGAGAGAGCAAGAAACUACUUUGUUGAGAAAGCUGGUGAAGCGAUGGACAAUGUCGCUGAAAAUGCUAAGAGAGCUUCGGAGUUUGUGACGGAGAAAGGCAAAGAAACAAAGAAAGAAACCGUUUCAGCGACGGAGAAAGCCAAAGACUUUAUUAUUGAAAAAGCUGGUGAAGCCAAAGAUUCGGCAACGGAGAUGAGAAAGAAAACGGCUAAAUAUGUUGGAGAUAAAGCAACGGAGGCAAAAGAAGCGAUAUUGCCUCCAAAAAAUGAAAAAUAAAUUGUGUCGAUUAUGAGAGGCUCUCGUUUAUAUUUGGAAUCGUAAAAAAAUAAAGAGAUUCAGGCAAUAAUGUGAACUUUUAUAUUGUGAGAAUAA